AUAACAGAUCGAGGAAGUCAUUUUAUAAGCAUCUUUUUGUAGCUACUCUGCAUCUCUUUCAUUUCCUAGCUUUUUAUCUCCCUCUCCUUCUCUCCUUCCCUCUCUUGAGUUUCUUCUUUGACUAAAUCAAGGCCUUAAUUGUAUCUUUUUAGUUUCCUGGUGCUACUUCCACAUGUAUCCUCUAAGUUGUAUAAUCACACUAUAUAUGUACUGCCUGAGGGGGUGGGGAUGGCAUGUUCCUCCCUUUUCCUUUGUUGUUUACUUGCAACAAUAAACAAUCAACCCUCCCUUGUUGUUUACCUGCAACAAUAAACUAUCAAUCAAUUCUUUACUUGUUAAAAUACGUUAUAAAGACGCCAUCUCCUCCUCCAUCAUCAGCAUCAGCCCAAACACUGAUCAGCCGCUGGAGGGAGGCUGCCCGGUGCUGCUGAGUGCUGAGUGCUGGUCAUGGCGGUGGGGUUCCCCUUGGCCAAGCUCGGUGCCUUGGUCAUCAAGCAAGUGGCCAAACCUCUCGCCAACGUGGCCAAGAACCGCGCCAAGAACAGCCAUUUCUUCAGGACCUACAUGCUCAUGCCCCCGGCCCAGUUUUACCACUGGUGUGAAGUUCGAAUGAAAAUGUACGUGAUGAACUUGGGCAAGUCUGGGCAGAACGCCACCAUACCAAAGCUGAGUGAGGAGGCAGCCAUAGAAUUAGGAGGAAAUCUGCUGGGUGAAGGAGUCAUCUUCACUAUUGCUGUUGCCAUUCUGGCUUAUGAAGUUUCACGCCAGAAGGAAAAGGAGAAGAAGAAAGAGGAGGCAGAGCAAGCGUUCAUUGAUAGCUUGGAGAACCGAAUCAAUGAACUGACUUUUGCCGCGGAGGAACUUGACACGAGGGUUCGGGAGCUCACCAGGAUAGCCUUCGCCACACAGCAUGAACUCAAGACAAUGAAGGGAGGAUCAAGUAGGUCAUCAGGCUCUAGGGACACAGGAGCAGCGUCUCCCAAGCUUGCUGGGGCUGCGUCCUCUGGCAGGUUACAUGAGGGGGCGCUGGACAAGGCUCUGAGCUAUGCCAAGGACACUAUUCAGAACAAAGCUGUCAAGUAAUUUUUCCCCUCUUAGGCUGUGCAGGUUAGUUAGUGUUAAUAACUGUACAUAAUUGUAAACGUGUUUGUAUAAAGUAUGCUAGCGAUAAUAAAUGGAUGUUGUGCAACUUUAUCUUUAG